AUGGCUCUCCCGGGCCGCCAAAGUCUACAUACUUCGCCAUUCCUCUCCCUCGUGAUCCUCCCGCUACUCGUCUUCCUCCUCAGCUUCGCAGGACCAGCUUCCGCAGCUGGAUCCGCCGUCCUCGGUCUCGAUGUCGGCACAGAAUACUUUAAAGCGACACUAGUCAAACCCGGUAUUCCUCUCGAAAUUGUCCUCAGCAAAGACUCAAAGCGCAAGGAAGCUGCCGCUAUCGCAUUCAAGCCCACAAGAGACUCAUCUGCAGCUUUUCCCGAACGAUUCUACGGUGGAAAUGCGCUGGCCCUGGCGGCUCGCUACCCGGAUGACGUGUACAUCAACCUGAAGACGCUUUUGGGAGUCCCCUUUAAUGACGGAAAUGAUGACACAAUUAAGAACUACUGGAGCCGGUAUCCAGCCUUGAAUCUCGAGAGUGCCCCCGAUGGCCGUGGCUCUGCUGCUUUCCGAAGCAAUCGACUUGGCGAGGUGGAGAGGAAGGAUGCGUUUUUGGUUGAGGAGAUUCUGGCCAUGCAGUUGAAGCAGGUCAAGGAGAACGCUGAUACCUUGGCUGGAAAGGGUUCCGAUGUCCGCGACGUCGUCAUUACAUAUCCCGCUUUCUACACCGCGGAGGAGAAGCGGAGUCUUGUGUUGGCGGCGGAGCUGGCGGGUCUGAAUAUCGAGGCGCUUGUCAGUGAUGGUCUGGCUGUCGGUUUGAACUACGCCACUUCCCGACAAUUUCCCAGUGUUACAGAUGGUGAGAAGCCUGAGUAUCACGUCGUAUUCGAUAUGGGCGCUGGCUCAACUACCGUCAGUGUUUUGCGCUUCCAGAGUCGUCAGGUCAAGGACAUUGGCCGUUUCAACAAGACUGUUCAGGAAAUCCACGUUCUUGGCGCUGGCUGGGAUAGGACCCUUGGAGGUGACUCGCUCAACGAUCUCAUCGUUGACGAUAUGGUCGCCAAAUUGGUUGAGGACAAGAAGCUGAAGGACAAAGUCACUCCGGAGCAGGUCAAGGCGCACGGAAAGACAAUGGCGCGUCUGUGGAAGGAUGCGGAGAAAAUCCGACAGGUUCUGAGCGCCAAUACUGAAACCUCAGCCAGCUUUGAGGGAAUUUACGACGAAGAAUUGAACUUCAAGUACAAAAUUACACGCGCUGCUUUCGAGAAAAUGGCCGCUGAACAUGUGGCUCGCGUUGGUGUUCCUUUGGAGCAAGCUCUGGAGGCUGCCAAGCUGAAGCUUGAUGACAUUGACUCUGUGGUCUUGCACGGUGGAGCUAUCCGAACUCCCUUUGUUCAGAAGCAAUUGGAGAAGGUUGUCGGCUCGGCUAAGAAGCUUCGGACCAACGUCAAUGCCGAUGAGGCCGCUGUCUUUGGGGCUGCUUUCAAGGGUGCUGCUCUUAGCCCCAGCUUCCGUGUCAAGGAUAUCCGUGCCCAUGAUGCGGCUACCUACCCUGUUGUCCUGAAGUGGAACACUGAUAGCAAAGAGCGAAACCAGAAGCUUUUCACCUCUACUUCCCAAAUUGGUCCGGAGAAGCAGGUUACUGUCAGGAACCUUGAGGACUUCGAGCUCAGCUUCCACCAGCUGAUUGACGAGAAUGAGCUACCCGUAUUGAGUGUGCAGACCCAGAAUCUGACCGCGUCAGUCGCCAAGCUGAAGGACACCUUUGGUUGCUCGGCUGCGAACAUUACGACCAAAUUUGCGAUCCGUCUCAGCCCUGUUGACGGCCUUCCCGAAGUGACCGGUGGCAAUGUGAGCUGUGAGGUGGAGGCCGAAAAGAAGGGCAUCGUGGAAGACGUUAAGGGCUUCUUCGGUCUUGGCUCUAAAAAGGAUGAACAACAGGUGCUCGGUGAGGAUGGCGAACCCGCUGAAUCCGUUACCCUGGAGGCUGAAGCAGAGGCUUCCACAACCGCCUCCGCCAGCGACUCUUCUGCCACCACCACUAAGGAAAGCAGCAAGGGCACCAAGCUGGAGAUCAUUCCUAUCGCUCUGAAGUCCACACCUCUUGGAACCAAGGCCCCCUCAGCCUCUGAGCUUGCCCGCAUUCAUGCUCGCCUGACCGCGUUCGACGCCUCUGACCGCGAACGUAUUCUGCGUGAGGAGGCUUUGAACGAGCUUGAGUCUUUCAUCUACCGCAGCCGUGACCUCAUUGAGGGCGAUGACUUCGUGAACGCCAUCAAGGCCGACCAGUUGACCACCCUCCGGGAGAAGGUCUCUCAGGCUAGCGACUGGUUGUAUGAAGACAGUGACAACGCACACACCGCAGACUUCAAGGCGAAGCUCAAGGAUCUGAAGUCCAUUGUCGACCCUGCUCUGAAGCGCAUCCAGGAGGCUUCCUCCCGCCCCGCGCGUGUCGAGCUUCUUCAGGAGAUGCUGAAGAAUGCCGAGUCCAUGAAGUCGCUGAUUGAGAGCCAAAUUGCUAUCGACGAUGCAGCCUACUCAUCCUCUCUCUCGGCUUCCAGCACCGCAACCGUCGAAGAGUCCGAGACUGACUCCGCUAGCACCCCUACCGCUGCCCCCACCGAUGAUCUGGACGACCUCGACGACGAUGCGUACUCUACUUCUACCAAGUCCUCUACCAAGUCCUCUGCCGCCGCAAAGCCCACUGGUCCCAAGUACACCCUUUUCACCCCAUCAGACCUCACCACCUUAACCCAGGCUUACGACACCACCAAGCCUUGGCUCGAGGCUCAACUUGAGCUGCAAGAGAAGCUCACCGAGUCCGACGACCCGGCAUUGACAGUCGUGGAGAUUGACUCCCGCCUUCGCGAGUUUGAGCGUAUUCUCAACCGCAUGUACGAGCGUAUGACAGCAGCCGCUGGAAAGGGCCAAAAGACCGGUGGUGACAAGGCCAAGAAGGAGAAAUCUGAGAAGAAGGCCAAGAGCAAGGCUGGUAAGGGCAAGGAGAAGGAGACGGAGAAGACAAAGGAGGAUGAUCGGAAGGAUGAGCUCUGA